CGAGUUCCGGCCGCGCGUCACGUGAGGCGGAAGCGGCGGGGCGCCUAAGAUGGCGGCGGCGUGAGUUGCAUGUUGUGGGGCCGCCGGGAGGAGCCGCCGCCGCCGCCGCCAUGGCGGUGACCGUGACGCUGAAGACGCUGCAGCAGCAGACCUUCAAGAUCCGCAUGGAGCCGCACGAGACGGUGCGGGCGCUGAAGGAGAAGAUCGAGGCGGAGAAGGGCAGCGACGCCUUCCCCGUGGCGGGCCAGAAGCUGAUCUACGCGGGCAAGAUCCUGAGCGACGAGGUGCCCAUCCGCGAGUACCGCAUCGACGAGAAGAACUUCGUCGUCGUCAUGGUCACCAAGGCCAAAGCCGCCGCGCUGGGCACCGCAGCGCCCGAAGCCGCCGCAGCCGCCGCUGCCUCGGACCCCCCCCUGGCGCCGGGGCCCCCCCCGGCCGCUGACGCCGUCCCCCCCCCGCCGCCGGCGGCCCCCAGCGAGGAGCCGGCCCCCCAGGACCUCCCCCCGCUCACGGCGGCGGAGCCCGCGGCGGGCUCUGUUCCCCCCCCAGGUGGUGCGGGGCGCUCGGCCGACGCUGCCUCCACCCUCGUGACGGGCUCGGAGUACGAGACGAUGCUGACCGAGAUCAUGUCCAUGGGCUACGAGCGCGAGCGGGUGGUGGCCGCGCUGCGCGCCAGCUACAACAACCCCCACCGCGCCGUCGAGUACCUGCUGACGGGCAUCCCCGGGAGCCCCGAGCCCGAGCGGCCGCCGGUGCAGGAGAGCCGCCCCCCGGAGCAGCCCCCGCCUGAAGGGGAGAACCCGCUGGAGUUCCUGCGGGAGCAGCCGCAGUUCCAGAACAUGCGGCAGGUGAUCCAGCAGAACCCGGCCCUGCUGCCCGCCCUGCUCCAGCAGCUGGGCCAGGAGAACCCCCAGCUCCUGCAGCAAAUCAGCCAGCACCAGGAGCAGUUCAUCCAGAUGCUGAACGAGCCGCUGGGGGAGCUGGGCGACCUCGAGGGCGAGAUGGGUGCCAUCGGGGACGAGUCCCCGCAGAUGAACUACAUCCAAGUGACGCCUCAGGAAAAAGAAGCCAUAGAAAGGUUGAAGGCGCUGGGCUUCCCCGAGAGCCUGGUGAUCCAGGCCUACUUCGCCUGCGAGAAGAACGAGAACCUGGCGGCCAACUUCCUGCUCAGCCAGAACUUCGACGACGACUGAGACCGACGCUGGGGGGGGGCCAGGAACCCCCCCCACGCCCCCCCCCAGGGGCUGCACAGCCUCGCCCCCCGGGGGGGGCCGCGGGGAGGGGCGAGGCUGGGACCCCCCCCUUGGGCCCCGCCACGUCCCGAGGGAGGGGCAGCGAUGGGUGCGGCCCCCCCCCCCAGGGCCCGCUCCGGACAAACGCUUCCUCCCUGUGUCCCCCCCCCUCCCCCCAAAUUCCUCCCCCCCUCCCCAACUUCCCCUCCCCCAUUUGGCCCUGGGGGGGGUAGGGCAGCCCUGUGGGAGAUUAAAA